CAAUCAUAUUAAUACCAUAACUCGAGAAUAUUCAGAAAUCUAGGGUUCGUGGCCUGCUUAUUGGAUUUGGGUGUUGAACCAGCGUCAUCGGAGUGAACAUACAGCCGCGCCGCCAGCUGCCAUGGGUCGUAUGCAUAGCAGAGGUAAGGGUAUAUCUGCUUCAGCCCUACCUUACAAGAGAUCUCCUCCUACAUGGCUCAAAAUCUCAUCUCAAGAUGUUGAGGAAAAUAUUUGCAAAUUCGCUAAGAAGGGAUUGACACCAUCACAAAUCGGUGUGAUUCUUCGUGAUUCCCACGGUAUUGCUCAGGUGAAGAGCGUUACUGGCAGCAAAAUCCUUCGGAUUCUCAAGGCUCAUGCGCUUGCGCCUGAGAUUCCUGAAGAUCUUUACCACUUGAUCAAGAAGGCAGUCGCCAUCAGGAAGCAUUUGGAGAGGAACAGGAAGGAUAAGGAUUCAAAGUUCAGGCUGAUUCUGGUGGAGAGCAGGAUUCACCGCUUGGCCCGUUACUACAAGAAGACCAAGAAGCUUCCACCUGUGUGGAAAUACGAGUCCACCACUGCCAGCACCCUAGUAGCUUAGGCUGGGAAUUUCCCCGUGGUGCCGUCUUGAUGAGCAGCUGGAGGUCUAGGCUAUCUGGAGUCAACAGGGGAAAUCCAUUUGUAUUUUGGCAAACAGAUGUUGAUUUGGAUUUUUGUUCAUUUUUAUUCGACAAUUUUACUUAUUAUGAAUGAUGAUUAAUCAGCAAUUCAGUUCUUGUUGGUUUAAUUAA